AGACAAGAAAACACGAAACGAGGGUGGGCAUUCCGUCCAUUAAUCUUGCGUUGGCACUGUUCUAUGAUUUUUCCAAUUAGGAUUAAUUAGUCAAACAAUCAUAGCCAGUGUAAAUAUAUUUGUUCAAAACAAUUGCGAAGAGCUCAGAAGAUUAAAGUUUUGCAAGAUUGAUUAAAACACUAAUUUUGAAAGUGCACUAGUGCCAAGUUGAGACACGCAUGAGUCAAAUUUCAGCAGUUGUCAUUCUACAAUUACGUUGGAUUUGUUUACUACGUUACCAAAAAUAUCGUGGUUGGUAGACUAAAUGUGUCUAGCAUUACACAAGCAUUUAAUUCGCGGUUAAUAGAUGUUUAAGUCAAAUCGAUCAUUGAGGUAAUGUCUUUGGAUAAAUAUACAAAUAUAAGAGUAAUUGGAAAGGGCAGCUAUGGAGAGGUUUGGCUGGUUCGUCAUAAGUCUGAUAGAAAGCAGUAUGUGUUGAAAAAACUCGAAGUUAAGCAUGCUUCUAAAAGAGAAAGAUAUUCUGCUGAGCAGGAAGCCAAGCUCUUGUCAAAACUUCAUCAUCCAAACAUUGUAACUUAUAAGGACUCCUUCGAAAACAAUGGACAUCUAUACAUAGCAAUGGGAUUUUGUGAAGGUGGAGACCUCUUCUCAAAGUUAAAGGAGCAAAGAAGUGUACCGUUAGAAGAGAGACAAAUUGUGGAAUGGUUUGUUCAAAUUUCAAUGGCAUUACAAUAUAUGCACGAAAGAAAUAUCUUACAUAGAGAUUUAAAAACUCAGAAUAUCUUUCUUACAAAGGCAAGCAUAAUAAAAGUCGGUGACUUGGGAAUUGCUAAAGUCCUGGAUAAUCCUAAUGAUAUGGCUUCUACGUUAAUUGGAACACCUUAUUAUAUGAGUCCAGAACUUUUUUCUAACAAACCUUACAACCAUAAAUCUGAUGUUUGGGCUUUAGGUUGUUGUGUUUACGAAAUGGCAACUUUAAAACAUGCGUUUAAUGCUAAAGAUAUGAAUUCUCUAGUAUAUAAGAUUCUUCGAGGUAAAUUACCGUCCAUGCCAAAAAUUUAUAGCGAUGAGUUAGUAACUAUGAUAAGAGCGAUGCUAAACCAAAAUCCCGAUAAAAGACCUAGUGUUAAUAGGAUACUUAAAGAUCCUUUUAUAAAAAAAAAUAUUGCUAUAUUUCUGGACGGAACGAGAAAAAACAAGGCUACAUCAGCGAAAUCGAAGCGUCCUCCUUCCGGGGAGAGAUCAAGAAAAUCAAGUCAGACAGAUGAUGAUGCAAAAUCUGUACUCAGCGUUGCUAGCUCCGUUGGGGUAUCCUAUGAAACAAACAACAUCUUAGAAGCUAUUAACGACGAUGAGAAAUUAGAACCUUUACACCCUUGUGGACCAGAGUUAACACCAAUAGCUGAAGAAAUGACACCUCGUAAACAAUAUCCUCCACCAAAAUCGGCAGACCAAAGCCCCAAAACAUCUUUUGAAGCAAAACAAUCACGGCCUGCAUCAGGCCAAAAUUCUAGAUCAUCGACACCAACUAGAGCCUCUGGUAACAAGGAAUUGCCUCCAAGAUCACCUGAUGUUUCCGGGACUGGUGCUAGAAAGAAAAAGAAGAGUGUCUUAAAAAUGAGACAAAGCUCUAACGAAAAUUCUGAACCUAAUAAAGAGCCUUUACAGGAUCCUAUAGAAUCACGCCCUCUUCCCCCACGCCCUCUUAUGUCGGGGAAUCCAAAAUCUAAGAAUUCGUCAGCUGUUGUUCAUAACAGAGAAUCAGGAUAUUCAAGUGAAAUUAUUUCAUCUUGCGAUCCUGUUGUAAACAAACCGAAAGGAAUGUCCAAGUCUCACGAUCCAUCAUCUCCAACGGAAACUAAGUUACCCCCAUCAAGAGUUGUUAGCAAAUCUCAAGACAUUCGUCCUCAAAUGAAAUCUGCUGCACCACGGCAGAGUAAUUUGUCUGCAAGAGCUAGACGUCGUGAAAAGAAGGAAAUGGAAAUUAAGGAAAUUGAAACACCAAGAAUGAAAAGUAGUGUUGACAUUGAUCCAUCGAGAAGAUCGAUAGAUAUUGAUAGCCGUCCUUCAAGCGCCAAAAGUAGACCUAGUUCAGCUAAGGCUGCUUUAGAACAAAGAUCACAAAAAGCAGAUAUCUCUGCAGUAAAACGUACUCGAAGCGAAAGUGACAAAAGCAAAAAACCCUUGGUCCAUCAAAGAUCAUUUAACAAUAGCUCAAGUAGUGAUGAAGAUGAGAUCAAGCGGGACGAGAGAAGAAAUCAUAGAGACGUCAAUAACCUAGUUUGUGCCCUCGAGUCUACUUUAAAGGCAGCUUCAGCUGUUAGGCAUAGCGGGGAUGAUGAUGAUGAUAACGGAGACGUUAUUAUUCCAGGGGGCGCGAAGGUUCCAAAUGUGAGGAGAAAUGAAACUUUUGUUAUAAGGAAACACGUGGACCCACCUCCCCAACGCCUACAGGUUGAGCCUUUAAGAGCAAUUAAAGUAUCAACAGACCCUACUGAAGAUGCUAUUCAUCCAGCUGAACGAACCUUGGGUACAGCAACAAGACUAAACGAUCGAAUACAACAAUUGAGAAAGGAUGUUAUAAGAGCAUUUGGAAUUGCUAAACUGAAAGCAGCUUAUGAUGUACUCGAAAAAGUUGAAUCAGAAGAUGCUGAACCGAAACUAAUUAAAAUUUUGGGACAAGAUGGUUUUGAUGAAUAUGCUGGGAAAAUUUGGCAACUUAAAUUUUGUGAAGAUGUCCAAUCAGGCCUUGUUUGA